CGCAGCAGCUUCUCCCCCCUCUCCUCUCAGGCUGUUCGGAUGUUCCAGUUGGAACUGGGAGCAGAAGAGUUAACACAUCUGUUCUGCACAGUAACCCUUUCCGUGCUCCAGCCAGAAUGACAGUGACGCGUAUAACGCCUAGUCCCUCUCUCUGGCAGUGAAGGGGUUAAAGUGUGAGCCUACACAGCCUUAGCCCCCAGCUAGAGAAAAAAAAGAAAAAAGCCGAAGCCGCUAGGGGCACCACAAAGAGUUAAUCCAGGUCGGUCCCAGCUGACAGUCAGCUGAUCGUCCGUGAUUGACAGCCCCUCCUUCUCCUUCUUUUUGAAAGUUUUAUAUACUAUUAUGCUAAUGAAGCCUGGGGAUCCGCGCUCCCAUUGGCCCGCCGUCCCCCGUCCAUUCGCCAUUGGGUCUGUGACGUCAGCGCAGCUAUAAAACUCAGCAAUGCUUUUAAAGUGAAUGAUCCUUGAAAAUCCCCGGUCCUGCCUGACAGCGGUGCUCCCUCUCUUCUCUGUCUGCACUGGGUUCUGUCCCUGGGACUUCUUUGCAAAACUUUGAAGAUGAAGUGUUAAAGAGCCGCCCCCCCAAAACUUGUGCGGUGCCCAGAAGAAGAAGACGAGAAGGCUGCGGAGCUGGUGCCGCGGGGGCACUGCCGAGGAUAUGCGCCAGGGUUAGCGCCAGGGUGCAGUGAUCGGCGCAAACUCGGCGCAAGCUUUUCCGAGCGCAACUUGGGGGCAAAGCAAGCAAGCUGGCUCUCCCAGUGGUGCCAGUGCCCAGCCAGAGCAGCCUGGUGUCCCCUCUGCAGCCCGUGUGGAGGACUGUGCCCAGCAGCAGCAGCAGGAGGAUGGCAUCAGAACUGGCAAUGAGCUCGUCCGACCUGCCCACCAGUCCCCUGGCCAUGGAAUAUGUUAAUGACUUCGAUCUGAUGAAGUUUGAAGUGAAAAAGGAACCGGUGGAGACCGAUCGCAUCAUCAGCCAGUGCGGACGCCUGAUCGCCGGGGGAUCGCUGUCUUCCACCCCGAUGAGCACGCCCUGCAGCUCGGUGCCCCCUUCCCCGAGUUUCUCAGCCCCCAGCCCCAGCUCCGGGAGUGACCAGAAGAGCCACCUGGAAGACUAUUACUGGAUGACCGGCUAUCCCCAGCAGAUCAACCCGGAGGCUUUGGGGUUCAGCCCGGAGGACGCUGUAGAAGCCCUGAUCAGCAGUAACAGCACCACCCAGCACCCGCACCAGCAGCAUCCGCAGCAGCAGCAGCAGCUCCAGGGCUACGAUGGCUUUGCAAGGGGGCAGCAGUAUGCAUCCUCGGCUGGGAUGCCCGGGGAAGACAUGGGCUCUGCAGCUGCCGUGGUCUCUGCAGUCAUAGCAGCUGCUGCAGCAGGGGGUGCCCACCACCAUCAUCACCACCACCACCAUCCUGGAGGAGCAGCCGGGGUGCAGCCUGCAGGAGGAGGUGGAGGAGGCGGUGGAGGAAGCAGCAGCUCCCCAGCUUCUUCUUCAUCGUCAGUGGUCGGGGGUCUGCACCAGCAGCCCCCCCACCACCAUCACCACCACCACCACCACCUGCACUUUGAGGAUCGCUUCUCCGAUGAGCAGCUGGUCACCAUGUCAGUGAGGGAGCUGAACCGGCAGCUGAGGGGGGUGAGCAAGGAGGAGGUGAUCCGGCUGAAGCAGAAGAGGAGGACCCUGAAGAACAGGGGUUAUGCACAGUCCUGCAGGUUCAAGAGGGUGCAGCAGAGGCACGUCCUGGAGUCCGAGAAGAACCAGCUGCUGCAGCAGGUGGAGCACCUCAAGCAGGAGAUCUCCAGGCUCCUCCGGGAGAGGGACGCCUACAAGGAGAAGUAUGAGAAGCUUCUGGGAAGUGGCUUCAGAGAAAACGGCUCCACCAACAGUGACAACCCCUCAUCUCCGGAGUAUUUCAUGUCAUGAGUUUAUGAGCUUGCUGUGUCAAAGCCAGAGAGAAAACAGAGAAUUGUUGCCAUCCCGAGUUCUUCAUAUGAGCUUGCAAUAAAAAACAAAAAAAAUGUGAAUUUUUAGACUAUUUCGCAGAAUUUUGAGAGUUGCUGAACUAAAACAAAAAUAUGUAAGAGGAGAUGAUGAUGAUAUAAAGCAACCUGCCAAAAUGAAGCCUGCAUCAAACUCCAUAUGACUUUAUGGCCCAACAUGAAUGAGACUGGCCCGCCAUUAAAAUCCCAUACUCAUCUCAUGCAUUACGCUUGCUGUUGUGUCUUGGCAACAAAGAACUGUAAUUGUUAUAAGACUUUAUGGAAAAGAGACAUUAUAUUAAUAAGAAGGCCCUGCAUGCUGGACAUGUAUGGUAUAAUUAUUAUUUUUGUUUGUUUGUUUUUAUUUUUUAUUUUUUGCUUGGAAAAAUGGACUUCUGGAAAAUAUGGCAUGACAUUCAUUUUUUUUAUGUGUUCUUCAUCACUUUUUUGAGUUGCAAACAAAAAAGUGCAACCUAGUUCCCCCUUUGAAUAAAGUUUGCAUCCGCUAUAAAACAAAAACUGCUUUUCAGAAAUAUGCAAAACGUCAAUUUUAUUAUUAUUUUAUUAUUAUUUGAAUGCACUGAUUGCUUUCCUUCCAAGGUGACAGAAUGGAAUUUAUGUGGCAGAAUUAAGAAUGAUAAAAAAAAAAAAGAGAGAGAGAGAUGUAUUAUAGAAGUAACUUGUCUUGGGACUAAAUGCUGUGAGCUAUUGACAGUCGAAAACAAAUUUAUUUUGUAAAAAUAAGGCAAAACGAAAAAAAAAAAAACACCCUUUUUGCAUUUGUUUUCUAUCAAAUGUGGAAUGCUAUGGGUUUGUAGUACAUAUUGUUCCUUUAUUUUGUCAAUUGCCCAGUUACAUUGUAUCCUUCAGAUUUAGGAAUGUCUUAGAUUCAUUGGAACGAGUUAGAUCCGUUUUAGGUAUAGAACAUUUUUUUUUUUAAUGAAUGAUGCACUAAGUUGCACUGAGAUAUUUUUUCAACGCAUGUGCUUGCAACUUAUAUAUAAGUUGGGUAUAUGUUAAACCCAUGCUUUACCACUGACUGUAUUAGAAAACCAAAGUAUUAAAGGGGUUUGUAACCUUAUGUAUUUAAGGGGUAUUUUCCAUUAAAACAAAAAAAAAAAAUGUUAAUUUCUUUUUUAUUUAUCUUAUUUUUAUUUUCUCAGAAUUGAAGUAUUUGGGACUGAAUUGCACUAAGAUAUAACCUGCAAGCAUAUAAUUCAAAUGCAAAACUGUUUAGAACGCUAAUACAAAAUGUAUGCAGUUAUAAACAAGGAGAAAACGGCAUUACUGCACAGUUUAAAAACAAUGCAGUUUUUCUUUUUAUUUUUUUAAUUUACAGUAUAAUAUUGUGGUGCAGAACUGGAUUUUCUGUAGCUUCACAAAUUCCACAAGUCUUAAAGGCAAUAACCAAGAAAGAAAGAAAUAUUAUUAUUAUUAUCAGGGACUGAUAACAUGUCUUUUACAAAUAGUUACCAUCAUAGAUUUUAAAUAUGUGUCAGCUAUUAUGUUAUUUUUUUUUUCCUAUCUAUAUUUUGCUGUGCAAAAUUGUUUUAUAUUUUGAGUUACUAACGACGUGUUGUAUUUUGUGCUCUGUCAUUUCACUUCUAUGGUCAUAUCAAAAGGAAAAAAAAAUUAUCUACCAUAAUAAACUGCAGUUUUUGAUUCUG